AUGUCCACAGCGUCCUCGCCUCCUUUCAGCGAAAAUGCGCUCAACCGAUUCCGUAUCACGCAUGCAGACCAGACCCGGGCCCUCGCACGCCGUCUGAACCGCCUUCCACACCUUCCUCAGACGGAGCUCGAAGCCAAGGACGAUGCAGCAGCCGAGGCGGAGAUCGCGCGCCUUGAGGCACAGAGGUGGCAGUUCGGUGUUGAGCGCACUUUUGCGAGCGUCCAGGCGCUGGACAGGCAACGCGACGAGUACGCGCGCAAGACAGCUGACACUGUCGCCCGUACCGAGGAAAUUCAGCGUAUUAUCCUUGAAGAGAAGCAACAGCUGGCCCGCGAACAGACGGAGCGUGACUAUCGCAUGCGCUGUGACGAUGUAGCCAAGAAGAUUCUGGCGCGUGGCAAGAGUCGGGCAGAUCUUGAAGCCGAGAUUGCUGCCCUUGAAGCGUCCAUCGUCGAGCAUCGCGCUCGCUUCGACAACAUCCUUGACAUCGCGCAGAAGCGCGUCGAGACGUUCACACGCAUUGGCGGGCUUGUGGAUGAGUGCCGCGCCCUCAAGAUGCCCGUGUACGACGAUGAGGUUCCUGAGCCCGUUAUCGAGCUCGCGGCGGAACCUAAGCUCAGUGCCACUGCCCUCCCUUUCCAGCCCCGUAGUGGAAGCGCACCAGCAUCCCGUGCUGCCACUCCGGCCCCGCGUGCGCCCGUUCCAACAACGCCUGGAGCGCGCUCCCCAGCUCCUACACUUGGUCACGGGCUGCCUGCACGACCCGCGUCGCGUGCGGCAUCCCGGUAUCCCGCCCGCGCUGCGCUGCCUCAGCGCCCCAGUGGCCUGCGUACCGUGACGGGGCUGGAGGAUGGUGAAGUUGGCGAGGAGGACGGUGAGGUCAAGGAGAGCGCAAAACGGCGUGCGGCGGAUGAAGGAGGAAGGAACACACGCCCUCGAAGGUAA